AUGGAUGAUCAGGGAAGAAAAGUUAUCGUUUGUGACAACGGCACAGGUUUCGUAAAAUGCGGAUACGCCGGCAGCAACUUCCCUGCAUUUAUUUUCCCGUCGAUGGUCGGCCGGCCGAUUAUUAGAGCGGAAAAUAAAAUUGGAGACAUCGAUGUUAAGGAUUUAAUGGUUGGAGAUGAAGCGUCUCAACUCCGUUCUAUGCUUGAAGUCAGUUAUCCAAUGGAAAAUGGUGUGGUUAGAAACUGGGAAGACAUGUGUCAUGUCUGGGAUUACACAUUCGGUCCCAGUAAGAUGAAUAUUGAUCCCAAAGAAACUAAAAUAUUACUCACCGAGCCACCGAUGAACCCCACUAAGAAUAGGGAGAAGAUGAUUGAGGUUAUGUUUGAGAAGUAUGGUUUUGAUAGUGCCUACAUAGCAAUACAAGCAGUUCUCACAUUAUACGCACAGGGAUUGAUAUCAGGAGUGGUUGUGGAUUCAGGUGAUGGAGUGACCCAUAUAUGCCCGGUUUACGAAGAGUUUGCUCUGCCACAUCUCACACGGAGACUGGACAUAGCUGGCAGAGACAUCACACGAUAUCUUAUUAAGUUGCUUCUCCUAAGAGGGUAUGCCUUCAACCACUCAGCUGAUUUUGAGACGGUUCGCAUGAUGAAGGAGAAAUUAUGUUACAUAGGAUACAACGUGGAACAGGAACAAAGACUUGCAUGGGAAACUACUGUACUCGUAGAACCAUAUGUGUUACCCGAUGGGAGGGUCAUCAAAGUGGGCGGAGAACGUUUUGAAGCACCCGAGGCAUUGUUCCAGCCGCAUCUCAUUAAUGUUGAGGGACAAGGGAUCGCUGAACUGGUAUUCAACACUAUACAGGCAGCGGACAUUGACAUGAGGAAUGAGUUGUACAAGCACAUAGUGUUGUCCGGGGGCUCCACCAUGUACCCGGGGCUGCCCUCCCGGCUCGAGAGGGAGAUUAAACAGCUGUAUCUGGAACGGGUGCUGAGGAACGACUCGGACAAACUGGCGAAGUUCAAGAUCCGCAUCGAGGACCCUCCUCGCCGUAAGGACAUGGUGUUCAUCGGCGGCGCGGUGCUCGCCGAGGUGUGCAAGAACAGGGACAACUUCUGGCUGACCAGGAACGACUACAUGGAACAGGUGCCUUGUAUUAUAAUACUAUGA